AUGGUUAUACAAAAAAAACAAUCCAACGAUCCUUUGACGUUGGACGUUGAAAAUUAUUUGAAAUCCCAAAAUUCAAAUGAUACGAAGAAACAAAGCGAAAAUGAUAAGAUAAAAAUUGCUUUUGCCGAAGGUUACCUCUCCGGAACUCGUAACGUGACCGGAAGUCAAACACCAAAAUGGAUGAAAAUUGUACAACCCAUUCUCACGGCACUCAUUGUUAUAGGUUUGUGUUUAGCAUUUUUGGCAUCAACGAACGGUUCCAUGUUUAGAAUGCAAAUAGGAAAACAAGUUGAAAUUGAUCCGGUUGAAAUAAAUGUCACAUUUGAAGAUGUUAAAGGAGUUGAUGAAGCCAAACAAGAAUUGAAAGAAGUCGUUGAAUUUUUAAAAAAUCCUAAUAAAUUUUCUGCGUUGGGUGGAAAAUUACCGAAGGGAGUUUUACUGGUUGGUCCUCCGGGUACUGGAAAAACUUUACUGGCAAGAGCGGUCGCCGGUGAAGCGAGAGUUCCUUUCUUUCACGCAGCCGGUCCUGAGUUUGAUGAGAUAUUAGUAGGUCAGGGAGCAAGGAGAGUUAGAGAUUUAUUUAAAGUUGCCAAAGAAACAGCUCCCUGUGUUAUAUUCAUUGAUGAAAUUGAUUCGGUAGGUUCGAAAAGGACCAAUAGCGUGUUACACCCUUACGCGAAUCAAACGAUUAAUCAGUUACUAUCGGAAAUGGAUGGAUUUCAUCAAAACGAAGGCGUGAUUGUUCUCGGUGCAACAAAUAGAAGAGAAGAUUUAGAUAAAGCACUUUUGCGACCGGGAAGAUUUGACGUAGAAGUGACCGUACCUACACCCGAUUAUCACGGUCGUAAACAAAUAUUCGAACUUUACUUAGGUAAAAUAUUAUGCAAGGAGGUAAACGUUGAUCUUUUAGCGAGAGGAACCGUUGGAUUUACCGGUGCCGACAUUGAAAAUAUGGUAAAUCAAGCUGCUUUGAAAGCGGCCGUUGACGGUGCCGAAUGCGUCACGAUGACGUAUUUAGAAAAUGCAAAAGAUAAAGUUUUAAUGGGUCCAGAAAGAAAAACGAGAAUACCGGACGAAGAAGCGAAUUUAAUAACUGCGUACCACGAAGGUGGACACACAAUUGUCGGAUAUUACACGAAAGACGCACAUCCUUUACACAAAGUAACAAUUAUGCCGAGAGGACCUUCGCUCGGUCACACGGCUUACAUACCCGAAAAAGAACGUUAUCACGUAACCAAAGCUCAACUUUUAGCCAUAAUGGACACGAUGAUGGGCGGAAGAGCAGCGGAAGAACUCAUAUUCGGACCGGAAAAAAUAACUUCGGGCUCAUCAAACGAUUUAAAACAAGCUACCGUCAUAGCGACUCACAUGGUUAAAGACUGGGGUAUGUCUGAAAAAAUAGGUUUGAGAACAUUAGACGAAAAUGUCAAAUCGAUAGUUACCGUUAAUGAAUUGGGACAAUCUUUGAACGAAGCCAUUGAUUCGGAAAUAAAAAGAAUUUUACAAGAAUCAUACGAAAGAGCGAAAAAUCUAUUGAAAGCACAUUCGAAAGAACACAAAUUAUUAGCCGAAGCUCUUGUCAGGUACGAAACAUUGGAUGCCGAAGAUAUAAAAGCAAUAUUAAAAACUAAAAAAGAUGAAGAUAAUAAUGAUAUUCCAAUUAAUUUAGAUGAAUGGUAG